AUGUCGACCGUUAGGGAAUUUGCUGUUACUCCAGGCCUUAUAACUGCUGCCACCUUCUUUAUUUUGACCCUGAGCUGGAUAGCACUGUCUGGCAAGGAAGGAAAUGCCCGAGUCCGGGCUCCAGUAAUUGGCCCAAAGGAUACAAUUAGAGCAAGAUGGCGAUUCUUCAGGAAUGCGUCAGGCCUCAUCCAGGAAGGCUACACGAAAUACAAACAUUCCAUGUUCAAGCUCUCUGGCGAGGAUAUUCUUGUAGUGCCUAAUCGGUAUGUUUCGGAGCUUAGGAAUAUGCCCGAUGAAAUUGUUAGCUCGAUUCAAGCCAAUAUAGAUAAUUUUGAGGGACUCUACUCAACUACCUCUAUAUUGCUCGAAGGCAACUUACAUACCCGCACUAUACAGUCCCGUUUAACGCCUAGACUGCGUCAUCAUGUCCCUAUUGUUCAGGAGCUUCUACAAAGACGCAUUCCGAUUGAAAUCCCAGCUACGCAACAUCAAUUUACGAAGGUCAAGGGUUUCGAUCUCGUACAUCGCUUAAUCUCGUUCAUUGCGGCUCGGCACUUCGUGGGUGCUCCGCUGUGCGAAGAUGAGGAAUGGCUUUCAACUGCACUUACCUACACUGAAAACACAUUCAUCACUAUUAUAUGUCUACGAAUCUUCCCCGAUUCGAUCAAGCCUCUGGUAUCGCUCUUCAUCCCCCACGCAUACCGUGUUACUUGGGCACUUCGAAAAGCGAAAAGGAUCAUCGUCCCGCUGAUUCUAGAACGGCGGCGCCGAGAGCAGUCAGACCCCAAUUAUGCAAAACCUGAAGACUUUUUACAAUACAUGAUGGAUGGAGCGAACAAAUUCGAUAGCCAACCGGAUAAGAUCGCUCAUCGGCUUCUGAUCCUAACCUUGGCGGCUGUACAUACUACGUCCAUGGCUGCCACUCAGGCAUUGUUUGAUCUUUGUGUGCAUCCCGAGUACAUAGAGCCUUUGAGACAGGAGCUGAUGGAUGUGCUGGAGCAAGAAGGCGGGUACAAAAAGCAAGCUCUGACAUUGUUUAAAAAGAUGGAUAGCUUCAUGCGAGAAUCACAGCGGUUGAAUCCCCCUAGUUUGCUUGGUUUCAAGCGUGCUGUACGGCAGCCAGUGACGCUCUCUGAUGGAACGUACCUUCCCAAAGGCACUCAUCUCAUGAUGCCGGUUUACCCAAUAGUUGUCGACCCUGAGAUAACUCCGGACCCCAUGAGAUUUGACGGAUUGCGACACUACCAUAGCCGACAAAAACCUGGAGAAAGCAACAGACAUCAGUUUGCAACAACUAAUCAGAAUAACCUACAUUUUGGGCAUGGGAAGUACUCUUGUCCUGGCCGAUUUCUGGCUGGAAAUUCUAUCAAGAUGAUCUUAUCCAAUGUUUUGCUCAGGUACGAUAUCCGAUUUCCAAAGGAACAGCCGUCUAGGCCUCCGAAUAUUUGCUUGCACGAAUACGUUUUCCCAAACCCAUAUGCGGAAAUCGAAUUCAAAUUACGGAAGAGACAGCCUAAGUGGGUCAGUUAG